UUUUACUUGUGUAUUUGUCCCAGUGAACAUUGGCUGUCACCUGAGCCACGUGCUGCUCCAGGAAACACCUGUCACUAAGCAACAACUAACAAACAGCUGAAGGUUUGGCUGCAGUUCCGUCUGGACACUCUAAAUUAUUCUUCUUAAUUAUUGUUUUUAUUGGAGCUUUGCUGAGAUAAAAUGAGCUCAGACAUCCUGGUGUCCMGGCCGCAGUAUGACAGCAGAGCUGUGGCUCACAGGGUCCAGAUAAAGAGUCCGGCUCUGGAGCAGGAGGUCCCGCAGCUGUCCUCGGGCUCAGCCACCGCAGGGCUCCGYUCAGCUAAAUACACUCCGGAGGAAUGGUUCUCCAACUACCGAACCAUCCUGGAGCAGGCCGGUACCGACCGCCACCAGGCCCAGAACAUCCAGACAGAGUCCAGAACUUUGAGCCAGGACACCGAGGCGACGACGAUGAGGACCCAGGCCGACGGAACCCGUCUGCUGGGAGAAAGGCUCCAGGAGACCCACUACUGGAAGUCCGAGCUGCAGCGGCACAUCGAGCAGCUGCAGGCCGACACCGGGUCACUGCAGGCGGUGAGGACGCGGCUGGAGAGGGCGCUGGAUGCUACAGAGACUCCGUACGCCAUCUCCACCGAUAACCUGAACUGCAGAGUCAGGAGACCCGGACCAGACCUGGUGAGGGACCCGGUGGAGGAGGAGCUGCUCAGGGAGGUUGAUUUGAUCAAGAGCGUCCAGGCUCUUCUGAAGAGAACUACAGCCCAGGUCAUCACUCAGAUCAAGAUGCUUGUAGAGCGAAUGCUACAAGACACCACGGAUGAUCUGACAGACCAGUGCUCCAUGGUGGACCGGGCCUUCAGCCAGCGCUGUGAGGAGCUCAUCGAGGCCAGGACCGAGCUGGAGCUAAAACUGUCUCAGAUUUUAGAGCAAAUUGGAGCCCAGGAGAAAAACAUCGCGGCUCUACAGCAGUCCAUCCACAACAAAGAGGCUCCGCUGAGAGUGGUCCAGUCCAGGCUCUACCUUCGCUCCCUCAGACCCAACAUGGAGCUGUGCAGGGAUCAGCCCCAGCUCAGUUUGGAGGGAGAGGCGAGGCAGCUCGGCGCCACCGUGGCCUCUCUGAACCAGAAGCUGAGCGAGGCCAGAAGCUCUCUGUCCCACCUGGAGGAGACCAGGAUGGCCCUCGAGAAGGACAUAAACUGUAAAAGCCACUCGCUGUUUAUCGACAGGGAAAAGUGCAUGUCGCACCGUAAACGAUACCCCACAAUCUCAGUGCUGAGAGGAUACUAAACACGACAAUUUGAGUGUUUGUUCAGUAAAUUUUAGCUCGGUCAUUUUGGUGAAUUUCAGAUUUGUGCUCGUUUUAGCUCUUUGCUGUGUGUUUUCUGUCAUCACUGCUGUAAACAAGAUCAUCUGAAAUAAUAGAGCGUUGUAAGAGCUCUAUGUUUUCCUUGACAUAACCCAUAAAUUUAAAAAGUUUCUUGCAUGCGCUCUGUUCUUGUUUUAUCCCAGCAUCAACUGGAGUCUCAAACAAACGUUGUGGGAAAAGGUUCUUUAUGGGUCCAUAAAAGGUGU